AUGUCAUCAUCUGCUAAAAAACGUGCCGAGAUGGCUAAACAACAAAAACACCAAUCUAAUUCUAAUGGUCAUAUACAAAUUGUUAAAAAUGUUGAAGAUACACAUAAAUCAUUACAAGAAUUAAUAAAUGCUGGUGUUCAAGGACCAACAAGAUCAAGUAAUCAUUUUAGAAAAAAUGAGUUACCAGCAUCAUUUUAUAUUCCUCGAAGUGCAUGUAAAUCAAGAGGAAGCUCAGCUCAUAGUAUUGAUGUUUCUAGUGAUGAUGGUUUAGGUUCCUCUCCACGUCAUACAAUUUCUCCAAGUUCAUCAUCAUCAGUUAAUAUUAGUGGUGGAUUUCCUACAUAUCCUGAUCAACAUGCUGUAUCACAUACAAGGCAAGCUUCAGCUCCAGCCUUAAUAAAUUAUGAAAAUAAUGUUCAAACUGGUGGACAUGGAAUAGGUCAUGGUAUUACAAAACAACAAUAUCUUCAUUCAGCAUCUCAUCAAAAUGCUAUGGCAACUAAACCUCCUGUAGCACAUCAUAAUAAAUUUAUAGUUCCACCAACAAAUAAUAGUAGUAAUAAUAACAAUACAACAUCAUUUAAUUAUUUUUAUAAUCAAAAUCAGGCAGUCCAAACAAUGUCACAAUCUGGUAUGACUUCAGAUUACCCUCCACCUACUCAGGUUUCACAACAUAUGACACAUUCAAGAAGUGCUAAAUCAUGCGAUUUUGAUGUUAUACAACAUAAUGGAUUUUUAAAUCAUGGUUCAAAUCCAAAUAUAGAUUAUUCCUCAUCAUAUAAUCCACCAUCAAUUGGUAUGGGACAUUUAAAUUAUCCACCAUCACAAUGGAUGGGUGGAAGAGAAAAAAGUCAAAGUUGUGAUCCAAUGACAAUACCUUAUCAAGGAUCAUCUAAUAGUGAUUUAUUAAAUAUUCCUAAACAACAGGCACCAUUACCGCAUGGUUGGGAACAAGUAUUUGAUGAACGAGGUAAUCCAUAUUUUGUUGAUCAUAAUACACAAUCAACAACAUGGUAUGAUCCAAGAAUACCAAAAGAAGAACAAGAAGAAAGUAUAAGAAGAAGAUUACUUAAUGUAAAUGGACAAACACAACAAUAUAAUUCAAAUUUUCAUAAUCAUCAUGCACAAAGAAAUAUUCAAGUUGGUAGACAAAAUAAUGAUCAACAAUCAACAUUUAUACCACCAUCACAUCAUCAUCAUCAACAGCAACAACAACAAAUGAGAAAUUCAAAUAUGAUGAAUAAUCCAAUGAUAAGAGCUUCAAAUAUGCAAAGAGUUAAUCAAUUAAAAGAUGAAAGAAAUCAUUUAUUAGAAAGGCAACAACAACUUUCAAAAAUGGGAUUACUUGAUAAAGGUCCACAAGAAAAUAAUCAAAUAUUUCAAUAUUCUCAAAAUACAAUUCCAACAUCUCAUCAUCAACAUUUACAUACAAAUUAUCAAGGACCACAAAAUAAUAAUUUUGGUCAUUCACCAUAUAAUCAAAAUGUAUCACCAUCAUCAUCAGGUCAAUCACCAUAUAAUAUGGAUUCAAUGCAAUCACCAAUUAAUGAUAAUAUUAUGGAUGUAGAAUUUACGGGAUUACCUAACAAUAUUGAAAUGAGAGGUGAUAAUAAUAAUUAUUAUGAUCACUCAUUACUAGAACCAUCAAUAACACAAAUGGAUCCAAGAGAAUUUGAUCAAUAUCUUCAGAUAGCUGAUAUAAAAAAAGAAAAUACUGGAUCAUCAAUGAGCUAA